AUGGACGAAACCACAUCAUCAGGAUCGGACGGCGUCCAUAAGCCAGCGGCAUCCAAGAUGCCUCGCACCAAGAAAGAAUGGGAGGCCCAUAUGGCUGUCCCGAGUACCAAGGAAGAAUGGGAAGCUUAUGCGUCUUUGUUUCGCGAUAUCUACGCCGAGGGUAAGACUUGGAACGAAAGUCUGGCGAAACUUGAGUGUUUCGCAUUAAAUGAUCAGAAGGCACGUGCAAUUAGUGGUGAUAGUGAUUCAGACUCGGACGAAUACGGCCAGGAGGAAAAGGGAAUAGCACCAGAGAGGGAUAUAGGUGACGUGGCAUACGAGGGAUCUGAAGAAGACGAAACUAUCCAGGAGAAGGGCGAUAUCCAGCGAUUCGACUUCGGUAUUCCUCCUACUAUCAAUACAGAGGUUUGGGAUUCGGACGAGGACAUAUCUGAAUAUAACGACGACAAUUACGAUGAAUAUUCGGAAGCAUCUGAAUCUCCUGCUGAUGAUUCUGACCUCGAUGAGAUGGACCUCGAUGAGAUAGACCCCGUCCUUCCGGAAUCUUCUUCUUUUAACAACGAGGAAAGCGAGGAUGGCGAUGAGGAGACGGGUUCAGAUAUGUCUGCUCUUAGCCACUCUGAUUCUAAGGGGACUGGAGAUGACGAUGACGAUGACGAUGACGAUAACGAUGAGGAUGAGGAUAUUGAGAUGAACGACCAGGAUAUUCAGAUAGACGACGAGGAUGUUAAGAUGGACGACGUCUUUGAACAAUGA